UUUUGAGCACCUGGAGUUUACCACUGAGCAAUUUUCUCGGCAGUUAAGGAGAAUAUCCGAACCGUUUCACUGCGUAGGUGCGGCUACGCGGUAAACGUACUCUGGAGAAACGUUUAGUGUGAAGAUGGUAUCCACUCUUCAGUUUAACAUCACCUGGUAAUCAAGUGACGGGGCCCUGACGGCCCAACGUGGCUGAGGACGGUUCACAGACUUUAUUAAAACACCAAACAUUUCACCUUAAGUGGCCAUAAUGUCUAAAGUGAACGCAAAGAAAACAGACUCUUCUGCUAAAACACUCACAUCUACAGAGAAGAACAAAACCGCGAAAUGGAAAAGGAAAAACUGGAUGAAAGAAAAGUUUAAGAGAAAAAAGCCUCCACCCAAGGACCAAGGAAAGGCUAAAGUUCAGCAAACAUUACCUCCAAAAGAUGUCCAACAGUUCUCUGCCAACUGGAAAACAUUACAAGAGAUGUUAAAGGCCAGUCAACCGGAGAAGAAGCAUCCUGUGAUACCAAAACCUCAAAAUGGUGAGCUGCGGAAAAAGGAGGCUAAAGAAAAUUCAAAUAUUUCCAAGAACACCGUCACUCCUGGGAGGACAACACCUGGGAAAAAAGUGAAGCACAAAACUGUUCCUGACAGUGUUGUCACCAAGGACUCUAAGGUGAAAUUAAAUGUUCCAGCUUUUUCAGAGACGAGACUGGCUGCUGCUCCAAAAAGGAAAAUGGACAAUGGAAAGCCAAACAGAGAGCAAACUGCCAAGAAAAAGAAGUCUGUGCUUGAACAGAUGAAACCUACAGAAGAGGACCUUUGGUUUGAUGAUGUAGACCCUGACGACAUUGAGGCGACAGUGGGAGCAGAGGCAGCGGAGAUCAUGAGGAAGAAGCAGGGCAUUCAGAAGAGCAAGGACACCGAGAGCGCCCUGGUCAAGGAGAAAGCCUUUGAGGGCCUCACCAGAGCCGUGGCCAUCGAUUGCGAGAUGGUGGGAGUCGGUCCUGAUGGAGAGGACAGCAUCUUGGCCCGCGUGUCCCUCGUGAACCAGUUUGGGAAAUGCAUCUAUGAUAAAUAUGUGAAGCCCACAGAGAAGGUGACUGACUAUAGGACAGCCGUCAGCGGCAUCAGACCAGAGGACAUCAAAGACGGAGAGGAUGUACACACUGUGCAGAGGGAGGUUGCUGAGAUCCUGCAAGGCAGAAUAGUGGUUGGUCAUGCCAUACACAAUGACUUAAAGAUUUUACUGUUGGACCAUCCAAAAAAGAAAAUCCGGGACACUCAGAAGUACAAACCUUUUAAGAAGACUGUAAAGAGUGGUCGACCCUCGCUGAAACUCCUCUGUAGAGAAAUACUCAACGUUAAGGUCCAACAUGGUGAACAUUCAUCUGUCCAAGACGCGCAGGCCACCAUGAGGCUCUACACACUGGUGAAAAAACAGUGGGAAGCAGAGAUUAAAGCCAGUCAGAAGAACAAAGACUCAGUCAAGAAGAGGGAGAGAAGACCCAAGUUUCCCAAGAACAAGGGCAAGAAUCUCAUGGGAUUAUGAAUUCAAAACUUCCUGUCAUCCCUGAAUCAGAGCAGACUGGACUGAAAUGAUCAAAGUUUUGGAUUUGUUUUUCAAAGACAAAAAAAACACACAGGCAGAGUUAAGAAAGUAACAGAUGUUGGACACUGGGACAGUCAUGAGCUUAUGUAAAAUCUAUCACAAUAACAUCUCAGGCUGUGACUCACUGGGGGAUUAAAACAUCUGAGAGAGAUUUGGCGCCUUUUAUUUCCACUUAUCCUUUCAGCAAUUUCCUCCAUGAAUAUUUCCAGACAUCAAUUCCCAAUGUGUAGUUCCCAGCAGUUGGAGGCAGGUGGCUUUCAGUUUCCUGUACGGAGUAUUCUUGAUAACUCAAAAUAAUAUGUCCACUUAAGGAGUUGUCAGUGUGUUGUUUUUGCAUUAUGGUUCCAGUGUUAUAUAAGUAGUUUGUUUAGAUCUGUGGUAUCUUGUGACUCAGUUUGAAAUCAUUUUAUUCCUGGUUGCCUUAAAAGAUGUACGUUUAAAAAAAAAAAAAAA